UCAGCAAUGCUUCCAGAGAGACAGAGGCUUUACUCAUUAUGUGCUCUUCUUUCUACAGGAGGUUAUACUGAAACGAGCUGCAGAUUUAGUCGAAGCUCUGUAUGGCAUGCCACAUAACAACCAGGAAAUCAUCCUGAAGCGGGCAGCAGACAUUGCAGAAGCCCUCUACAAUGUCCCUCGGAACCACAACCAGCUCCCAGCGCUCAGCAACACGUCUGUGCACGCGGGAAUGAUGGGAGUGAAUUCCUUCAGCGGCCAGCUAGCCGUCAACGUGUCAGAGUCUACCAACCAGGGUUUCACUCGGAACACGAGCAGUGUGUCGCCUCAUGGGUAUGUGCCAAGCCCCACACCUCAGCAGACGAACUAUAACUCGGUGACAACAAGUAUGAAUGGAUACGGCAACACUGGGAUGUCAAACCUGGGAGGAUCGCCAAGCUUUCUCAAUGGAUCAGCUGCCAACUCACCCUAUGCCAUUGUGCCAUCCAGUCCUACCAUGGCCUCCUCAACCAGCCUGCCCUCCAACUGCAGUAGCUCCUCCGGGAUCUUCUCAUUCUCACCCGCCAACAUGGUGUCUGCCGUGAAACAGAAGAGCGCCUUCGCCCCAGUGGUGAGACCGCAGACCUCGCCGCCACCCACGUGCAGCAGUGCCAACGGCAACAGCCUGCAAGAUCAGUCUUUUGUGGACUCUAGCAAGUACUCCACUGCAGGCUCACUUCAGGGCCUGGCCUUCUCCUGAACUAUACCUGGAAUGAUUGUUCCUCCAAUGUAGAAGAUGAAGCAACGAAGGGGAUAGAAAACAACUUUGAAGACGAUUACUUUUUUUAUCUCCAGUAGGAGGUUGACCACAGGUCCCAGCAAGGAGCAGAACUUAUAACUCAGGCCUUUUUAAAAAGGAAUCACAUUUAAAAAAAAAAAAAAAAAAUGAAAAAAAAAAGAUUACUGCAGCUUUUAAAUCGCUAAAACUUGUGAACACCGCUGUGGCACGGAACAGGCAAAGUGUUGUUUGAAUAUUGUAAGAAAUAUUUAUUCUUUUGUUGUGGAAAAUAUCUGCUUUUCCAAUUUGUUUUUCAUUUCAGCGAACAAUCAUAUGCCUUUUAUGAAUUGUAAUAUACACAAGGGACACUAUAUCAGAGUUUUGUGUUUUUAUUUAUAAUGUUUAUAAAACUGCGUGUGUGAAGAAGGCAACUGAUUAGUUACGAUAGACGGAAAGGGUAGCGAAAGAAUUAGCAUAGGGUAGAAAACUUAGGUCCUCGAAAUAAUUUUUUUUUAUUGAAAAGUAAGGGUCAGCUGUGACAAUUUUCCCAGCCAGAGGUGACUGGUAAACGUUGUUAAAUAAAUACCAUGUUUACCAUUUGCAUUAACAUGUUUGAAAAUAUCACCUUAAAAGGGAUAUAUUUGUGUCUAUUGAUAGCUCUCCAGUAGUUUUAAGACAGAAUCUAGCAUAAAUGGAAAACUCAUUUUAAAGAAUAUUUUCCUUUGAGAAAACAUUUGCUGCUAUGCAAUGCAAGAAUAUCAGUCAUGCAUUGAGCUGGUGGUUGCAACAUUUGUUUUUUCCUCCAAUAAUAGAAAGGUAUCAUUUUAUAUUUUUUAAUGGAAAAUUCAAUUGUUUUGAGUAGCGGUUGCUUACUUUUCUGUCUCAGUGGCUGACAGCUUGGGUUGGCCCCUACUUUAGAGCAGUUUCUACCAUAUAUAUUAAAGGAUGAAUGAAAACGCAAAACGGAAAAUCUGCAAGAGUUUAUCGAUGCAUUUUUCUUUUAAAUAAAAAGGGACGAUCACAGCACUUCUGAAUGGACAGAGGCAUAAGAUCGACUUUGGAAUUUUUUGCCAGCACUGCAUUGAAAUGCUCUUAAAAAGGUAUUUGUCAAGAUCCAACCAAUAUAGGACAAUGCAUAUAUUUAUACAUUGAAAUGUCUUAAGGCAGCUUUUCAGUACAGUAUCACACAUGUUUCUAUUGCAUAUGUCUGCAGAAAGAGCUUACAACCUUUAGCUUACACCUGCAAAUAUUAAAGUAAAAGAAAUAGAAAUUGGUUUGGAAAAAAGUGUGUAAAAUAUCCAUAUAAAUAAUGUAUUUAUCUUUGGAGUUUGUACAUUGCUUUUCCCCCUAGUUUUAUUUUAUUGUGUACGUUUGCUAUGUGAAAAAGUGCCCGACUCGUUUUGUCAUCCACAGUUGAUCUUUCUGUUUUAAAUGUGAUUUGAAUAUGUUUUAUUUGUAUUUAGUUUUCUAGUAUUGUUUAAAACCAUGCUUCCAUUUUUUUAUUAUUUCCAUCAAAAAAGCCAUUGUCUAUUUUUGUAUUAUUUGUAAGUUAAUGGAAAAUGUUUUUUUUUUUUAAUGUAUGGCAAAAAGUAGCAACUUAUUCCGAUAGUAUUUAGUUAUGUAGAGUUUUUAAAAUAUAUAUAUAUAUAUAUAUCUAUCUUUCGUUUUGCUUUUGAGGCUUAAAGAAAUUGAUGCUGUUUUAAAUGAAUAAUAUGCAUGAGAUAUCUUCCUGUUGGGGUGAAGGUUGCAUUAUGUGCAUUGAAAAUGGGAAGACAAUUGUGGAACAAAUAUAUGAAAAUACUUUCUUUCUUAAUGCCUGCUUGUAUAUUUCCUCUUUUUUUCUCUUUCACUGAAUUCUGAACCAGCAGAUUGGAUGCCUUAACAAUGCAAAUCAUACUCAUUAGAUCACCUGCACAUUGUAAUCUGCACCAGAACUGUCCGUCAUCACAGCAUAUUGUUAAAAAAAAACCUAGAAAUUGUUUAAAAAGCACAAAAUGAACUGUUCUGUUACCUUGAGAAUACCUGUUUUGUUUUGUUUUUUCCGAAUGAUGAUUCGAGCUGAUGCACAAUAAUGCUGCAACUGUGCAUGCUCCCAGUUUUGAUUCUAGUUCUGUGAUUCUCCACUUGGGGUAUCAAGGCGAGAGGAAUG